AUGUCCCCCAAGCCUCCACGCUCAAAGAAUUACCCUCUUCUCGACGACGAUGAGCUUACAAUUCUUCUGGAUUGGCAGGAUCUGAAUAAAUACAAAAAGAUCAUUCACAACAACAUUGCUCGCAAGGCAUAUUCUCCUGAGGGGAGAAUUGAGCUGCUCUUAGACGGCAAUUUUGACCAACUAACUCAAAAUGUGUGA